AUGUACAAAUUAAAAAUUUAAGAACACGAAAAAGAUCUUUAAUGUUCUCUGAAGCAUUAAUCACCUAUUUUAAUGGUAAAUCUAAAUCCUAAUCUUCAACCAAAUCAAAGACUUUUAUGUGAGAAUUGCCUAUAUUAUUUUGAAUCAGAUACCAAGAUCAUAGGAUUAAAGAAAAUUAUCCAAAUGAUUGAAGAAGAGAAGAAGAAAUCCAUCAACAACUUAGAAAGUCUUAUAAGAAUUAACAUAAACAAUGUUUAAUCUGUUUAAAAUCACAUUUAAAAGUUAAAGUCUUCUCUUGUUAAAUAAUUGGAUAUUUUGCUUGAAGAAACAAAAGAAUGGGUUCUUAAUUUAUAAUCCAUUAGUUAAAAAAGCUCAGAAUUUAGCUUUUUUAAAGAGCUAGAUUAUAUCAUUAAUAACUAAUAAUCAUAUAUCGAAGACCAAGUUAAUUUAACAAAUAAAAUUAAGACCUUGAAUGAUCAUUGGAAUAAUAAAGUCAAUUCUAAACUAGAAAUAUUUAAAUAAUUUAAUGAAUAUUAAAUGUGUAAAGAAGCUUUAAACAAUCUAAGUUAAGAGUAAACCAUUUAAUAAAACCAUAAUUAAAAUGUUUAGAGUAUUUCAAAUUUUAUUGAUUGGAAAUGUCUUUUUAAUGUAAAAUAGCUCCAAGAAUACGCACAACCAUAACCAUAACAACAACAAAGACCAUGGAAUAUAGAACACUAAGUGGAAAAAAAAUCUUUAUUUGGGUUUAUGAAAAAAUGA